AUGUUUCUCGACUUUCUGAAGACCUACAUCGACAAUCAGUCAACCACGGUCCCGGUGUCGGACAUGGCGAGACUGAGCGUCACUGCCAGCAACGCUGCCGCAUCAACAUAUUCCAUGUCCGGCUCACCGAGUGUAAAUGGCGACAUUCACGCGGCUCCGACCCUUCUCGCGGCGGCACCGUCACCCGUCACUUUCCUGCACAUCGGAAAGGUCGUCAUGAACCUAGAAAAAGAGCCCGUCAACAUCAGAUUCACCUCGGCCAAUGAUCCGACUUCUUUCGCUGUGUCCAAUUUCUUCAAGGAUAUCAGUCUCUUUGACGCCUCGACGGGCCAACGGAGAAGGUCGAUCAAAGUCAAGGGUGCUCACAUGGUAUUUUCGCCAAUGCAGAACUUAGUAGCUGUUACAACGGAACAUUUCGAUGACGGAAUACACCGCAACCCAAAGCAGAUCCUUACGUCGCAUGAUAUGGUGCACUUUGAAAGGCCAGCCUUGUAUGUCGUCGAUUGGGUAAACGACAACGGUCCAAGCCCGAGGCGGUUCACGUUGCAAUGGCACGGCAUCCGUCCGUACUCUUUCAGCCCUGACGGCCAGCUCCUGGCGAUCAAGGGCGUGCGGAAUCGGGUCGAAAUUGUCACCAGCGCCAAGGGCCAGGGAUACAGCGUCCUUCGCAGCCACACCGACGAGGUGACACAUGCGGAGUUCACGGCAGACGCUACCAGACUUGUGACCAUGUCAAGAGAUGGAACUCUGCGAGUAUCAAGUAUUGAGUCUGGGCGUAACAUUGCCAAAAUCGAGAUCGAGCACUGGAGGAACCCGCUCCAGCUAGCAGUGGCCCCGACGGGCGUGAUUGCCUCCAUUUGGGGUAGAACAGUUACGAUUUGGGAUUACGAGACUGGCGCCAUGGAUAGCUACAAUCUCGAAACCGCCCGAGGUAGUGAGGGCAUUCCGCUGGCUAUCUCACCCGACUUACGGUGGGUGGCGUAUCGAUCGGAUGAUGGAGCGGAUGUCACUGAACUGGCAACGGGCAAGGUAGUCUACUCGGCAAGACUAGAGUCUGGUUUCGCGGUUUCAGCAGCGUUCUCGGGUAAUGGUAAAUACCUUGUUGUCGGCAGGUGUAUGAAUGGCCAUCACGCCCGAGCCGACUCUGGAAUCCUCAAUGUAUGGGAAAUUCGCACUUAG